UUACUGCCAGACUAAACUUGUGAAAAAUAUGAGCCUAACACUUCAUUUCUAUACAAAACUAAAAAUUAUUUAUAUUGAAUUUAAAUUUCUACUUAUCAUUGCGACGUUCGAAGUAGUUAAUAUUCGGUCCAUCUUAUAUUUACUACCUUUCUCCUCUGUGUGUAUGUGUGCAGUCGUAUUUGAUAUGUAUGCAUAAACAUAUGUUGGAGAUAGUCCGACAUCUGCAUCGGGUCUAGUCUAUGGCUAAAUGCGUUCCCCGGUUUCUGAUAAGACUAUAUACAAAAACCAAAUAUAUUUAUUGUUAGAAGUGUAUGGAUGCGUUUGGAGGGGUUAUUGCAUCCGUGAAAAAAACAGUUAUCUUUUGAAAAUGCCUACGUGUCCCGUUAAAUAUUGCCAUUUUAAUUUGAAAAAAAAAUGUGCAGGAAUUGGUAAUGAUAAAAAUAUAACAUUCCACAGGCUCCCUAAAGACAGUAAUCGAAGGAAGCAGUGGAUCAUAAAUCUUAGUCUAGAUGAGAAAUGUGUUACAGACAACACAUUGAUUUGUUCACAACAUUUUUGCACAGAAAUGUUUGAUCGUACCUCAGUAAGUUGCGUUAGACUUCGACCAAACGCUGUGCCCAAGUACAAUGCAGAAACAUCUAAAGCAACUGAAGCUCCAGUUGAUGGGAAAGAUUUGUGCAACAGAAGCACAAGCAUCACAACCUUCACACCCAUCCAAAUUGUAAAUUCCCCUAUCAAAACACAAUUCAGAAGGGUAAUUGAACAGCAACGGACCAAGUAUUGCAAAAAGAUUAAAGUUUUGCAGCAAAGUUGUAGGCGAAAGGACAAACGCAUUGCACACUUGCAGGACAUAAUAAAGGAACUUCGCAACAAGAGAUUUAUCGACGAAGAACAAAUACUCAAUAGUCUUGGUGGUACAGCACGAUCAAUGGGGAAUCAGGUUUCAGUAAAGAGACGUUAAAACACGGACAUAGAAAUAUAGGGACCGGGUAUUUGCCGACAAAGGACGUGGUGCGAUAUGGAACCAACGGGGGAGGCCCGUCAGUCAUGAUACAUUACUCUUUUACAGCGGGAAGUUUAAAUAAGACUAUAAUUGAAAAUAUGGUUACAUGUUUAAAAAUAAAUUUUUAGAAUUUCAACACUUUGAAUAUUUAAACAAAACAAAACAAAAUAACAAAAAUGAAACAAUGAGAUAUUUAAUCGUUGUAUUGUGGUUAUUAAUUUUUAAUGAAAUUUCAAAAUGAAAAUGCUAAUCCUUUACCUUUUCCUAAGGCUUUUUUUCUUUUUUUUUUUCUCGCUCCUUGAUUUGAUAUCAAGGGGAAU